UCCGUGAAGAUUCGGUGCUAGUAAACAAGUUAACUGCAAAGUGAAUAGUUGGUUUUCGUUACAUUCUAUAAAUAAGGGAUUUGUACCUUAUGCUAGUAGUUAUUUUAGUGUAAUCUGGGUGUUGCCGAGAAUUUUUAUCAGCUUAGCUAACUCGAUCUUCCAGUGUCGUGCGUAUUCUUUGCUAUUGCGAUGGCGUCACCUUUUCGCUACACGCACGCAAUUACCUGCAGGAUUCCCCUCUCUUUGCGCACCCGAGGUGAAAUUGAUCUGGAAGAGGCGAAGCUCCAGCAUGAGGCCUACGUGAGAUUGCUGCGAGAUUUGGGGCUGGACGUUCUGGAGCUUCCCCCCGAUGAGAAUCUGCCCGAGUGUCCGUAUGUGGAAGAUUGUGCAGUGGUUUGUAAUGGGAUUGCUCUCAUUUGUCGACCCGGUGAUGCCAAUCGGUUGAAAGAGGUCGAGGCUGUCCGUGCUGUGCUGCGAAAGGAGCUCGACUUGCCGCUGGCAGAGAUUGCCGACCAAAAUGCUCGCCUUGACGGCGGUGAUGUCCUGUUCACGGGGCGGGAGUUUUUUGUGGGUCUCAGCAAGUGGACCAACGAAGCGGGAGCCCGAGCAGUUGCCUCUGCCUUUCCCGAGUAUCCAUGUGUUCCUAUCAAGGUGACAGAGCAUCGACAUCUCAAGUAUUACAUUUCCAUGGCUGGAACGGACGUGCUAUGUGUCAGCAAAAGCAAGGAAUCCCAGGAGAUUCUCAAGCGAAUCGAGCGGGAAGCGACCUACACCUACAGCACUCUGACACUGGCGGAGGAACAGGCUGCCAACGUCCUGUACGUGAACGGGACGCUAAUCCAUCGGCUAGGCGAGGAGAUCCCACAGUCGGCAUCGAUCCUAUCGCAAAAACUCGACAUUCCUAGGCAAACCGUGCCGAUGUCUGAGCUUGGCAAGUUUUCCAACGGCCUGACCGCGUGCUGUAUUCUGAUAAAACGAUCUCGGCACAUCAAAAGCCUGUAAUGCGGGCGUUACCAGCAUGCCAACCUGCAGUAACAUUCUAACCGAACUAACGCAAACAAAAGUCUAUUUUAAUAUUUAUUUUGUUUAUUCGUCGUUGCCUUCGUGCUGAACUUUGUGCUUUGUUGUAGGUACCUUCUAAUAGAAUCUCUUGUUUGUAUUGAUUCUCUUGUUAAUCUUAAGAAAUUUUGUUGAUUAGGUUCUAAAUCUUUUGAUGUGCACUUCGCUCAGUGACACUUUAUAAACGAACGGUAUUCAACUGCUGUAUUCCUUCACUUAUUGAUCUGUUUUCUGCCGCAUAACCUAGAAUAUGAACUCACUAACAUAACCAAGAAUUAAUUGUUGAUUAAUUCAAUUCAAACUAGUUGAUAUUAAGGCCUUUCUGUUUUUGGUUUUCUUGCUUUUGUUAAGUGAAAUGAAAUGUCAAAUGAAUGAGUUUACCCACAGGAUAAGAAAGUAGCAUAAGCAGGGGAAUGUCACCUUUAUCGAAUGUAGGUUGUGACUAAGUAGGUCGUAUUCAGAUCCUUAUAUCGGAGUAGCCCCGGCAGACACAAACAACAAUGCUCAACAACGCGAAAAUAGUAGAUUUAAUAGCCACUCGACACCCUUCGCUCUAGGCUCAACAACAAUCGUACAACACAUCGUGAAUAAACUUCCAUCUAUUUUUGUCUUAAGGUUAGAAGGCUUCCGUUUGAAUAGAUCCGCGAGUAAUACACAAAACCUUACAUUUAUUACCUACCGCGCUAGCAUUACAUUAUUUACCAAUAAUCGCGAAAUAAUUUUACGUUGCGCUGUUGCAACAUGAGAGCGAGCUAAUUUUUAAAUAAUCGUGUAAUAUCAAACAGUCAACAGUCUAGGAGUGUGUUAAACGGAAAAUUAUAAUAAUAAUAGUAACGAUAAUAUACUUCUGAAUAGUCUUAUUUACACGUUCAAGCGUUCAAGUUAUACACGGGAACAAAUUCCGAUAAAUUCGCAAAUGCUCGAUUAAAGCAAAGGUAAUACUGUUCUAAUAUAAUAUAAUUCAAAU